UGUCUGUAAUGAUGGGGACCAUAUAACUUGAGGAGUCCUUGGUCGCUUGGUACAGCCUGGUGUAAUGACUUCAGCCGAGAUAAUAUUGCCUCACCUAGAGUAUAUCCCAGCCUACAGUGGGUUUGCAUUUAAGAGGCCUUAUCACCAUUUACCCAAUUGCUAAACAGCACAGGGCAGUUGUUUUGUUCACAGCAAAUGUAGAUUGACAGGUCAAGGUUCAGGAGUUUAACCACAUGAAUGCUUGUUAUAAAUAGGAGUCGUGUCAGUGACAGAUGUGAGUCUCUCACAGCUUCAGUCUAGAUGAGGUUCAAGUGUUAGACACUGUGCCUUUGAGUUCUAGAAGAUACCACACAUCUCCGCCAUCUGACAACAUGGAUUGCGUAUGUGAUUGUUCAGACUACAGUAACGGACAGGCGAACGCCAUCCUCUUUAACAUUCUCAGCCGAGGCGAGUCGACUCAGAACGAGAUGAACUACAAGCGGGUUCCUCAGACGUGCCACUGUGAGAAACGCAGGAAAGUAUGUCUGAAAACACCCAACGAGACGUGUCAGGUUGCUUCGGAUGUGCUGGUCAAGACGAUGCACUUCAUGAAGAGUUUGCCGGCGUUCCAGCAACUACCACCCAAAGACCAGCUGUCUCUGUUGCAGAACUGCUGGGCGCCACUUUUCAUUCUGGGUCUGGCCCAGGACAGGGUUCGUUUCGAGGUUGAUGACAUUCCGGCACCCAGCAUGCUAAAAAGAAUUCUUCUCAACAACCAGGAGACGAUGAACUCCGAUCAAGAGCAGCCCACGAUGGCCGGCGUGCAAACCCUUAAAGCGUGCCUCAAGAAGUUCUGGAGUCUCGAUUUAAGCCCCAAGGAGUACGCUUAUCUGAAAGGCACUGUAAUAUUCAAUCCAGAUGUACCAGGCCUGAAGGCAUCUCUGUUCAUUGAGGGUUUGCAAUAUGAAGCUCAGCACGCUCUGAAGGAGGUCCUGGUACCUCUUCAUCCAGAGGAUAGAGGGCGAUUUGCUCGUAUCCUCCUCGCCGCAUCCACUUUAAAGACCAUCACUCCGAGCCUCAUCACAGAGCUCUUCUUUCGGCCGGUCAUCGGUCAGACAGAUCUUCUGGACUUGUUGGUUGACAUGCUUUUCUCAAGGUAGUGAACCAAGGACUCAGAGACCGCUUGAAUUUGGACUUUCAAAAGAACAUUAUUUUUUCCUGUGUUGGUGGGAAAUCUGAGGUGCAAGCAUUGGAUGAAAAUCACGUUACGUCUGAAAUAUUUGAAAAGUUACAGACUUUAUUGUUUACACAGUUAAAUGAAAUUACUGCACCUUUGUAAUGGUAUUUAGGUCACAACUAUGUGAUUUAUGUCUUAGUACUGAUUGUUUUUUGCCUUUUGAUAAAAAGCACCAUUGUAGUUUUUGUAUGGGAUGGAUUUUAAAACCACAAAGUAUAAACCAUCUCCGUGCCUAAGGGAGGUUCAUGUAUUGUCUCUGUGAGAAAGCUAGAUUGAAUCUGAGGAAAACAUUUUUAUGUUCAUAAAUAUACUGCAAUUAAAUCUAUUUUUACACA